AUGCCCAACGAUGUUACAGAUCUAUUGAACAUAGAUUCAAUAAUUCAAGACAUAGAGGAACAACGUUCAUAUCUUUCUGGUACCCUGAAUGAUCUCGCUGCGAAGCAAUCUCAGCUUCAUGAUGAAAAGAAAAUAAUAAAUGUUAUUGUUGAUGAUAUCUUGGAGAAUCCUAACUCAGUUGAUCAUCUCGAUAAACUGAAAGCUAAAUAUGGAAAUUUAGAAGUAUUUGAAAAACUAAUACAGAAUAUAAAUGAAUCGGAAGCAAGAACCACAGCUUCAGAGAAACUUAGCGAUAUUGAAACAGACUUGAAUGAAUUGUGCUCGCAAACGGAGUUCAAUCGUGACAGGAUUAUCACCAUACAUGAUAAAAUCAAAGAUUUUGAGUCUAGUAGGCUGAAUACUCUUCCUGACGUUCAGGAUAAGUUUGACAACAAUGUUUUAUCACCUUCCAUACAGGGUAUUGCCAACGAAUUUGAACAAACCCUUUUAAAUUCCAGAUGGGAUACAAAUAGCUUCAUUUUAUCGGAUUCAAAAUCUGUAAAUGAGCUAAAAUCACAUUCGUCAGAACUAUUCAAACUCAGUAAAUUAUAUCUUAAUCCAAAGAAUGAAAAAUUAUGGAAUUUUGAAUGCUUAGCCAACAACUUCAAAAUUAGAUUCACCUAUCACUUCCAUAAUGAUCCUUCAUCCAUGAUUGAAAUAUAUUUUAACUUUUUAAACGAGUAUUUGAAGCAAAACUUGUACAAAUGCAUAAACAUAUUUUCGGAUGAGAUAAAUGGUGUGUCCAAAGAACUCGUACACGAGCAGUUUAUAAAUCAUAUUUUACAACCGAUUAGAGAUAAGAUAAACUUUACAUUGUUAAACUCUAAUGAUUCAAAAAAUUUGAUUACUUUAAUUUCACAAAUCAUAUCUACUGAUAAAACUUUAAUCAAAACAUUUUAUUACCGUGGUAAUGGUCUCGUAUCUUUAAUAUCAAAGCAGGUUUGGGAAAAAUGGUUAGCAUACGAAAUUUCAACUGCUCAUAGACAAUUUGAUAUAUUGGUUCAAUCAUCAAAUGACUUAACUGAUUCCGAUGUAAAUUUCAUAAAACUCUUGAAAAAGAUCAACGAUUACUUUGAACCAUUUUAUGAAUUAGAUUAUGAACCAUUAGAAGUUUACAAAUUAAAGACUUGUUCGGAUAUUUUCAUCCAACUGGCAAAUAACUACUUGGAUUUUGUUUUGACUGUCGAUUCCCUACCACCACAACAUUCAAAGGAGGAUGAACUAUACCAAACUAUUUUAAAAUUGCAUAGCUUGAAUAAAGUUCACAGCAUGAUUUUUCAACUUUCACAAAAUUGUAUCUUUAUAAAGUUAACUGCUUUGGUGAAUAAUCUUGAAACCAAAAACUAUGAUUCAUUAUUCCAAGCAACUAUCAAAGAUUACCAGGAUAAUAUGUUAAACGACAUGCAGAAUUCAAUAAUUCAUAGAAUCAAAAAAUUAAUAAAAGAAUCAUUGGCAAAUUAUUUUAAAUUAAACUCGUGGGUUAUUUCGUUAUCAACUCACGAUACCAAUGAUGCACCUUCUAGUGAGAUCGUCAAUACCAUAAACUUACUUAAUAGAAUAAUUUAUAGGCUGAAGUCAUAUGUGCUUCCCCUGGAGAUUUCGAUUAAUAUAAAGAAUGAAAUACUAAACAUCAUUGUGAAUUAUUUUAUCGAAUCAAUUUUGAAACUGAAUAAAUUCAACCAGAAUGGAUUAGCCCAGUUGAACCAAGAUUUAAAUGCAUUAAAGAAAUGCUUAGAUAUUCCAGAUGACUUAGUAAAUUGUCAGGAAGCUACAUUUUUGGAACUAUUGAAUUUGCUUACUUUGAAAUAUGAUCAGCAAAAUGUUAGCCAAUUCACAGCUUCAUCAUAUAUUAAAAAUGGGAAAUUUGAUGAUUUGAAAGAACAUAUGCAGUUAAAAUGGUUGAACGAUUCUGAGAUUCAAGACGCAUUAUAUAGGAUAUCCUAUGGAAAUAUAAUUUAA